CGUGACUCGCGUGUGUGCACUCCUGAGCUAGUUAUCCACGUCGAGGUACAGAGCGAGAGGAAGCAGAGAGAGAGAGAGAGAGAGAAUGGAAGCCAAGAACCAAGGAGGAGGAGCUGGCACCACCAAGCGCCCCACGCCGCCACCGCUGCCGCUGUCGGUGCGGCUCCAGGUGACCGGGCUCACGGCGGCCAUCGACGCUGUGGAGCGCCGCGACGGGACGGUCAACCGCUGCCUCUACUCCGUCAUCGACCGCCUCCUCAGCGCGCGCCCCAACCCGCGCCCGGACAAGUCCGGCGUCCGUUCCUUCGACGUCACCAUGGACGCCUCGCGCGGCAUCUGGGCGCGCGUCUUCGCUCCCGCCGCGGCGGAGCACCCGCUCCCCGUGAUCGUGUACUACCACGGCGGCGGCUUCGCGCUCUUCUCCCCGGCCAUCGGCCCCUUCAACGGCGUGUGCCGGCGAUUCUGUAGCCAGAUCGGCGCCGUCGUCGUCUCCGUCAACUACCGGCUCGCGCCCGAGCACCGGUACCCCGCCGCGUACGACGACGGCGUCGACGCGCUCCGGUUCAUCGACGCGAACGGCAUCCCGGGGCUCGGCGCCGACGUGCCCGUCGACCUCGCCAGCUGCUUCCUCGCCGGGGAGAGCGCCGGCGGCAACAUCGUCCACCAUGUGGCCAACCGCUGGGCGACUGAGUGGCAGCCGUCCGCCAAGAACCUCCGAGUAGCCGGGAUCUUCCCCGUGCAGCCCUACUUCGGCGGCGAGGAGCGGACAGAGUCGGAACUGAGGUUGGAGGGCGUGGCGCCGGUGGUGAACCUCCGGCGGUCCGACUUCUCGUGGAAGGCGUUCCUGCCCGUGGGCGCGAACCGCGACCACCCGGCGGCGCACGUGACCGACGAGAACGCGGACCUGGCGGAGGAGUUCCCGCCGACGAUGGUGGUGAUCGGCGGGUUCGACCCGCUGAUGGACUGGCAACAGCGGUACGCCGACGUGCUGCGGCGUAAGGGGAAGAAGGUGCAGGUGGCGGAGUUCCCGGACGCGUUCCACGGGUUCUACGGCUUCCCGGAGCUCGCCGACGCCAACAAGGUCUUGCAGGACAUGAAGGCGUUCGUCGAGAGCAACAGAGCCACGCCAAAGUCCACCUCGUCCUGAAAAUAAUACGUCAAUUGUAAAAUGGUUGAUGUACUGUCAAAAAAAAGUUAUCUUGCACUUUCAUGUGAUGUUUUUUUUUCUCUUUUUUGCAUUAUGUGUACAUUUUUGUGGCGAGGUGUGUACAUUGUUGAUGUCGUCCCAGUCGAUGUAGUGUCAAAAGACUCAAAAGUGAUGUUUUAAUACUAGGUCAUAUUUGUUUU